AUGCCGACACUCGCCUUGAUCAACUUCAACAUCGUCUGCGCGACGCUCGGAGGGUUUGUUUCCCUAUUCGGACUAGUAUCCUACCUUUGCAAGGAGCAGUUCUACCUAUCCGAAGCAUUAAUCUCCCUGCUAGCCGGAGUGUUAUUCUCUCCCCAUGCAGCCAAUUUCAUCAGACCGGAUGACUAUGCACUCCAUUCUGAAGAAAACCUCGAGGUAAUCACUUUGCAUUUUACCCGCUUAGUGCUAGGUGUGCAGCUGGUCCUAGCCGGAGUCCAACUCCCAAAGCGGUAUCUGCAGAUCGAAUGGCGGAGCCUAGGGCUACUCCUUGGACCAGGCAUGGCUGCCAUGUGGAUGUGCAGUAGCCUACUGAUCUGGGCCAUGGUUCCGAAUUUUAAGUUCCUCCAUGCCCUGGUCGUCGGCGCAUGCGUGACCCCAACCGACCCCGUUCUAUCCAACUCCAUUGUUAAGGGCAAAUUUGCCGAUAAACAUGUUCCCCGCGAGCUGCAGAGAAUCAUUAUCGCUGAAUCUGGCGCCAAUGAUGGCCUUGGCUACCCGUUCCUUUUCUUUGCCAUUUAUCUCCUCCAGUAUACUGGGAUGGGAAGCCAGAGCUAUAGCGGUGGUGCGGGGAAGGCGAUGGCGUUGUGGUUCUAUGAGACCUGGGCAUAUACUAUUCUGUUGAGCAUAGUCUAUGGAACUGUGGUUGGUUGGAUUGCGAGGAAGCUGUUGCACUGGGCAGAGGAGAAGCGCUAUGUUGACCGGGAGAGCUUUUUGGUGUUUGCCAUUGCUCUUGCACUGUUCAUCGUGGGAACCUGUGGUUUGAUUGGAACAGAUGAUCUUCUGGCCUGUUUCAUUGCUGGAAAUGUAUUCACGCAAGAUGACUGGUUCCGCCUUGAGACCAUAGACGAUUCCCUCCAACCAACAAUCGAUAUGCUUCUUAACCUGUCUGUCUUUAUGUGGUUUGGAGCGGUCUGCCCAUGGUCAUCCUUCCUGAACAACAGCGUGAUUCCAAUCAAUCGGCUCAUCUUCUUGGGAAUAUUGAUCCUCCUAGUCCGCCGCCUCCCAAUCGUCUUGGCCAUGCACAAAUGGAUCCCGCAGAUCGAGCUCGUCUCCCAGGCUGCAUUCGUCGGCUUCUUCGGUCCCAUCGGAGUGGGCGCUAUCUUCUACCUGUCAAUCAGCCGUGAAUUCUUGCGCAAGAUACAAGUCGAUGGCGAGGUGCCAGGGGACGUAAAGCAAGUGAUGGAGACUAUCCAAGUUGUGGUCUGGUUUUUAGUAAUCUGCAGUAUUGUUGUACAUGGCCUCUCUGUCCCCAUUGGAAAAGCUGGCUAUCACCUCCCAUCGACCAUUUCCAGCGUCAUCAGCACCAGUACAUACGAGGGGCCCGAGCCGGUCCCCAUCUCAAACAUCAGCCACACCCACAGCACGGCCACACCUCUCACAACGGGGGAGGAUGCGAGUUAUCGCAGCCGCAAGCGUGGUUUCCGGGGUGCAAACCCCAGCUUGUCAUUCUUUGGCAUUGGUAGUUCGGUGAUCCAUCCUCGUCCUCGUUCACCGUUUCAGCAGCCCGGCGUCGGUCAGCCUGAGUCAGAGAGACCUGCCCACUUAGUUAUUCAGCAGACCACAGGCGGGGAUAACAAGACCUAG